AUGGACACAGUGGAUUCAGGAAGCACCUCCGAAGCGGAGGACCCGACCAAAACAUGGGGUUCUGACACUGGACGAAUUGUUCCGACUUCUGACGAUGCGGGCAGCUCUCUGCCUAAAAGUGACUGCGGCAUCGGACACCGAGUCGUAGCCAGUCGCUCUGUUUUGGCGUUGGUUAUUGACGAAGAAUGUGUCUUCGCUGGUUUGCAAGGCGGUGACAUUGUUGCGUGGUCUUUGGAGACAUACGAUCUGGUUCUAUCCGUGCACGCUCACAAGGAAAGCGUGCUAGGACUCUACCUGUCAGAUGACGGCAAUCUGCUAUUUUCCAGCGGUGGCGACUCGGUGAUCAAUGUCUGGUCAACGAGGACGUUUGAACGGCUCUACUCCAUCCACUCACACCACGACGUGGGUGACAUUUUCACGGUGGUGUACUCCAGUAUGAAUCAGACCAUCUACUGUGGCGCCCAAAACACCAGCAUUCAGUGGUGUGAUCUGUCUGAGGAAGGCGCUGCCUUGAACCAGACCUCAUCUGGCAAUUCACCCAAACGGACACAUCGCUUCUUCGACUCCAAGGGUCCCGACGGAUCUCGUGCGCCCGGUUCCUCGGACGGCGCCCAGUCUGUCUCUGGGGGCGGCCGCACCCUGACGUUCAAGCGUGAUCAUCAUAAGUUGUUCGCCCACCAUGGGUAUGUAUAUUCUAUGCUACUUGUGAAGGGUCUGAUUGAAUCGGCACCUUCCGAAGAGGCCUUACUUACAGGUGCGGGCGAUGGUGUGGUAAAAGUGUGGCGUCUCGGCGAAAAGCCCGGGGCUGUCCCGGCUCAAAUCGCUAAGCUGCAGAAUGGGGACUCUGUGCUCUCUGUUGCUGUAGAAGGCUCCUUACUUUACUGUGGUCUUGCCGGUGGAGCUCUCAACAUUUGGAAUCUAGAUUCCCAUCAGCUUGUCAAACGCAUCGCUAGACACACGGGUGAUCUUUGGUCAGUCGAAGUUAUUGGAGGCGUUGCAAUCUGUGGAGACUCGACAGGAACCGUCAAGAAAUUUAAUUCACGGUUCGAAGAGGUUGGCGGAUGGGCUGCCCAUGAGGGCACCAUGCUCGCCUCUGCCGCAGGUCGUUUCAAGGACCGAUACAUCUAUGCCACUGGAGGCAACGACAAUACUGUUGGAAUCUGGGAUCUGACAGAGUUCUUCCUGAUACAGGAUGAGUUACCUCCUAUCAGUAAUGACGAAAUGGUCAACAGUCUUGCUAAAUUCGUCUCGUUCAAAACCAUUUCGGCAAGCCCCAAGUUCUCCGGAGAGUGCAAUCAGGGUGCUGCCUUCCUACGUCGACACUGCAACUAUCUUGGUGCGAAAACAAAACUUUUGCCCACAGGCCAAGACACCAACCCCAUAGUCUUUGCUCGGUUUAAUGCUACUUCGGCUGACAAGGUUGAGAAGACUGUUCUCUUCUAUGGCCACUACGACGUUGUUGGCGCUGACACCAACCGACCUAAGUGGAAGUCAGACCCGUACCAGCUCACUUCAAUCAAUGGGUUCCUCUAUGGACGAGGUGUUUCAGAUAACAAGGGCCCCAUCUUGGCUUCACUAUACGCAGCAGCGGACCUUGCACGGACAAAGUCUCUACGUUGCAACGUCGUGUUUUUGAUCGAGGGUGAGGAAGAGUCUGGAUCCCAGGGCUUCCAUCAAACUGUCCGAGAGUAUAAGGAUGAGAUUGGUGCAGUUGACUGGAUCCUUCUUGCCAACAGUUACUGGCUCGACGACUAUAAUCCAUGCUUGACCUACGGACUCCGAGGAGUCGUGCAUGCCAACUUGGUCGUGACGAGUGACCAUCCCGAUUUGCAUAGUGGGAUUGAUGGUAGCGCGCUGUUGGAUGAACCGGUCAAGGAUCUUUCGCUUCUCUUGGCUACCAUGGUUGGACGCAAGGGUCGUAUCAACCUGCCAGGCUUCCACGACGCCGUUCGCCCUCUCUCCGAUGCCGAGCAGAAGCGGUUCGAGGCCAUUGCUGAUGUGCUGCUGCCUCACCACCCAGAGAUUCCUAAUAGCCAGGCUCUGAUCAAAUCCCUGAUGUACAGAUGGCGUGAGCCCUCGUUGACCGUCCAUUCGAUGGAGGUACCCGGCAAGAGCGGAGCCACCACGAUUGCGCGACGAGCGAAGGCCAGCCUCUCCAUCCGUAUCGUCCCUGAUCAGCAAGCGGAUGAGGUGGCAGCAAAUCUGACAGCUUAUGCGCAAGAACAAUUCGAUCUCCUCGAGUCGCAGAAUGAUCUGACCGUUGAAAUAACCGGCAAGUCAGACGCGUGGCUCGGAGAUCCCGAUAAUCAGCUCUUCGCGACCCUCUCACAGGCCAUUACCGCCGCAUGGACUCCCGACCAGCAGACCUCCAAGCACCAGUACCCCGCGCUUCCAGCCCUCUCCAAUGGCCGUACGCCCGCGAAGGCAUCCGGGCCAGGCCUGUUGCGCAAGGAUUCCAACGACAGCCUCGCCUCGCAUGUUGACCGAGUGAUCAGCUCCACCACCACCUCCUCCGCCGGGAAAUCGGGCGUUCACAAACGCUCCACCACCUCAGCGGCUCCCGUGCCAACUUCUUCCACGCUGACCAAAGCGGCGACCGACGAUCCGGCCUCACUGCCGGUCUGGGACACAUCCGACCCGCCGCCCGAGAGGGGCCCGGUCGCCGGAAACACCUCAUCAUCCGCUUCGGCCGUGAAACCCAUCUUCAUUCGCGAGGGUGGAUCCAUUCCGACGAUCCGGUUCCUGGAAAAGGAGUUUUCCGCCCCUGCGGCUAAUUUGCCAUGUGGCCAGGCUAGCGACAACGCUCACUUGGACAACGAGCGAAUGCGGGUGGAGAACUUGUACAAGAGUCGAGAAAUCUUCCGGUACGUCUUUGCCAACCUGGUGGAUUAG